AUGAAGUUUUCUGGUCAUUUCCCAUUGGAAGAUCAAGUGGUUCUGAUUACAGGUGGAUCUCAAGGGCUAGGUAAGCAAUUUGCUUAUAAAUAUUUCAAUGAAACUGAAAGAACUAAAAUUAUUUUAGUCAGUAGAUCAGACAAUAAAUUGUAUAACGUUGUUAGAGAUAUUGAAUCAAAUCAAACAAAACCACAAGCUGAGAUAAACAAUAAUGAACCAAUUUGUCUAUUAAAUGAAUACCCAGAUGAUCUAUUUUUGAAUAGACGAAUUUUUUAUUUACCUUGUGAUCUAUCUGAUUUUAAAGAAGUGGAUAAAUUGUUUGGUACUCUAUUAGAACAUCGUCUAUAUCCAACUGUUAUUUUGAACUGUGUUGGUGGUUCAAUACCUAAACAUUUUAAAGACCUAACACCCGAGGAAUUAGAACUAGGUAUUGAUCAGAAUUAUAAAAGUGUUUUGACUUUAUCACAUACUUUAUUAAAUAAAUUUAAUCAAUUAUCAAAUUCACAUAAAUCUUUCAGUAACAGCACAUCAUCAUCAUCAACAACAACAACAGUAGCAAAAACAGCAGAAGUGACCUAUAAAUGCCAUCUAGUCUUGUUUUCAAGUGAAGUCUGUUUUUUCCCAUUUAUUGGGUAUAGUCAAUAUGCACCAUUAAAAGUAGCUAUGAAAUCUUUAAUUAAUAUAUUAAGACAAGAACUCUGUUCAUCUGAAUAUAAUGAUAAUAUCAAAUUGUCUUGUGUUUACCCAGGAAAUUUCAAAAGUGAGGGGUUUGAACUAGAAGAAUUGACAAAACCUAAAAUUACCAAGAUUAUUGAAGGUCCAUCCUAUCCAAUUUCAUGCAUUGAAUGUUGUAAUAAAAUUGUUUAUUGGUUAGAUAUGGGCUAUAAUGAUGUUACUACAGAUUUCAUCGGGUGGGUUUUGAUGUCUGUUGACAUGGGACUGAAUAAAAAUAAUAAUAAGUCGUUUCUAUACUGGUUACAACUGUUAAUUGGUGGUCUAGCUAAUCUAUUGAUUGUACCGAUUUACAUGAUUAUAUGUCAAUGGCAAAUUAAAUCUUAUUUUAAAGAAUCAAACAAAAAUGGUGAUGAUAGACAAAAGCAAGAAUAA